GAUCGUGUCUCGAUCUUCUUGUUCGAAGCCGGAGAGAGAGAGAGAGCGAGCGAGAGAUCGAGGCGCCGGAUUAAAGCCCGGGCGGCCAAUUGCGUUGGGGAUUUGAGUAGUUGUAGGGGGCCGCGAGAGUGCUCAGAUCGGCAUUUGCGAGUGUUGAUCGGAGAAUUGGAAAGGAAGGGAGGGAGAGGGAGGGAGAGGGAGAGCAAUAGUCGAUUGCGGAGUGGGCAGUUGUUGUUGCGGUUGUUGCUGUCGCCGGUCUGGCGAGGGAGGGGAGGAGGAAGAGGAGGACGACGACAGGCGAACGAACAGGACUUGACACAUCACGUGCGAUUGAUGGACCUGGACCUGUAGUAGACGCCGCGUGAUAGACGAGCGCUUGAGAUUGGGGAAAUUUGUUUUGCGCGGGGUGAAGGAAGGGAGGAAGGAGGGAAGCAAGCAAGCAAGGGAGGCUUGAAAGUGGUGGUGUAGGCGGGGCUCGGUUGAACAGAGUUUGCGUUUGAGAACAGGGAGGAUUGAUCCUUGUAGGAGGCCGAUCCUCACUCGGUUGGUUGCUGAUCGUCUGAACGGAGGGUGGAAGAACCUCAUUGGACGCGAUGGAUUUGACCUUCUUCGUGGUCGCAUGUUAUCGUGAAGCGGGAUCUGCCGGCAAUUGAAGCAUGGAACGAGCUUUGGCACGUAUUUCAGGCUCUUUUGCUGCGUUCUCGGCUUGCGUGACUGGCUAUCGUACAUCGGUGAAUCUUCCUCUUUCUCGACCAGUCUGUUUGGAAAACAAUUCUCUCACCCAACCUUGAGUUUCCGACGUAGGUGUUUUGAACUGAUUUUAUCAUCACCAAUUUCAUCAACGUAAUGGGGAACAACUCGAGCAACAACCGCAGGAAUGGGCGGAUACAGCACAACCCCGUUGGAAAUCCGCCUCUGCCUCCACGCGGGAACAUACCACCCCCACCUGGCUAUCCAGGAAAUGCCGGUGCCCCUACUUACCCAGUCUAUCCAAACGGCCAUCACAAUAUGCCAUACCACAUGCCAUAUCCUCCGACCUAUAAUGGAGCAAUGCCAACACCAAUGGGUAAUCAGUUUUAUCAAAAUUUCAUUCCAGCCGGCAAUGGGCACCUUAUGAUGAAUUAUCCUACUCAGCCGAUGUACAGACCAACAAUACCCACACCUCAUCCCCAGCAGAUACCUCCAACUCCAGUUGCAGAGGCUCAGAAAGCGAACACAAUACGAAAUGACGUCAACUUGAAAAAACCUACUCUUAGGCUCGAGAAGGACGAGGAAAAUCCAGGUUUUUAUCUGGUAGCGUUUACCUUCGAUGCCACUGUCGCAGGCAGUAUCAGUAUAUUUUUCCUUGCCAAGGAGGGUGAUCGUUGCAGUCUGACACCUUUGAAGCCGCACUUGUACAAACCUAUCCGAGUACCUUUUGAGAAGGGUUUGGGCCAAAAAUUCAAGCAAGCUCCCGGAACUGGAGUGAAUCUUGCAUUGUUCGAUGAGAGAGAACUUAGCAGGGAAGGUCCAGACGAUGUUUAUCCUUUGCUUGUCAGAGCAGAGACUGAACCGAAGGAUCCCUCGGCGAGUGCUUCACUUCAAGAUGAAUUACCUCCUGGCGCGGAACUUCCGAAGUAUAUACAUUCCCAAACAACCCACGCUAUUGUGGAGAAGAACCCAUUGUCAGAGGGAUACAAGGUCAAGGUGCUCAAGCAGACCAUUUGGGUUGAUGGUAUACGUUAUGAUCUUCAAGAGAUUUAUGGUAUCGAGAAUAGUGGUGGGAAUACUGCUUAUGACGGAAGUGAUGCUGGUAAAGAGUGUGUUAUAUGUAUGUCGGAGCCAAGAGACACAACUGUGUUACCUUGUAGACAUAUGUGCAUGUGCAGUGAGUGUGCAAAAGUUCUGAGAUUCCAGACCAAUCGCUGUCCAAUCUGCCGGACCCCAGUUGAGAGACUGCUGGAGAUUAAAGUUCCAAAAAAUGACGCAGAAGAUUACGUCUUUAAAAGCAGAUCUUUUAAAGGGGCCAGUGCAAGCCAGAGUUCGUCCAGUGCUAGUCAAAGUACAACGAAGGACGAUGGCGCUUUGGAGAUCAAGGAUUACGGGGUCAUUCACGAGAUAAAUAUGUACCGGUCCCUGCGAUCAUCUCUGGGACUGACUUCCAUUCAUACUUAUGGCCUAGCUGUUUGGAGGCAAACAUGCUCAUCACCGCGACAUGGGACCGAGGGCAGCUUUGUUCAACUUGUGCCUCAAAAUACCGAUGUCUGCCUGCAUGCCCCGCUUGCGAAUUUAGUGUGUCACCUGCCAGAAGGCGAAUUUUUGUCUUGGCCACUGCGGGGCCUACAAGCGUUCCUACAGGGUCCGGAUGAUCUCUCUCCUUUGCGGUUUUGAGGAACGCUGUCUAAUCGGCUACGGACUCUGGUCACUUCGGAGAACGUAGACAAAACUAAGCAUAGCAGGAAUACAAAUUGAUUUGGAGUGCAAAUUCAAGUUACGCAAGUUCUAACCUUGAGUCUUCACAAAGUCUUCACCCAUUGCAUUCAUCUCAUUGUAGCCUAAAAUCUAAAACCACCAUCGAACAGCACC